CAUUUUUACAUCUCCUCUUCACCAGACAAUGGACCCCAUAGUCCUAGUCCACGGCGGCGCGGGAGACAUCCCCGACAGCCGGGUGGCGGGCAAGCUUCGCGGGUCCAAGAUGGCGGCUGCGCGUGCACACAGACUGCUGCAGGCGGGGGGCAGUGCGUUGGAGGCCGUGGAGGCGGCCGUGGUUGUGAUGGAGGAGGAUGAGAGCUUUAAUGCGGGCUACGGCUCAGUGCUCAACCUUCGCGGCGAGGUGGAAAUGGAGGCCAGCAUCAUGCGAGGGUCGGACCUGGCAGUCGGCGCCGUGACGCUGGUGAAGGACUUCAAGCAUCCCAUCAGCAUAGCCCACAGGGUGCUGACUGACUCGCCCCACUCGCUGCUGGGAGCUGAGGGUGCUAAGAUCUUCGCUUUGGAGAAGGGCUUCAAGACUGUGCCACCAGAGUCGCUCAUCAGCCAGAACGCGAGAGAUGCUCUCAACAAAUUCCUGGAGCAUCGCGAAUUUGGAAGAACCGAAAUAGGUGCAGAGCAUGAGGGUGGAGUGGGCACCGUAGGCGCGGUCGCCAUAGACUCGACCGGCUCUAUAGCCGUGGCCACCAGCACAGGGGGAAUGAGCGGCAAGGCGGUCGGCCGUAUAGGAGACACGCCACAGAUCGGCAGCGGGACCUACGCUGAUGAUGGAGUCGGAGGGGUGUCUACUACAGGACACGGUGAAUCGAUACUGAAAUACUGUUUAGCUCACAGCAUCGUCAAGCUAAUGGAAGGUGGUUUGGACGCCGGCACCGCAACAAAAACUGCGGUCAAUGGAAUGACAAAACGCCUCAACAACACGGCAGGUGCUAUAACACUGUCCAAGAGUGGACAAGUGGGGGUCCACUUCAGCUCCAAGAGAAUGUCCUGGGCGUACAUUAGAGACGGGAAAUAUUACUACGGGAUUGAACAGGGAGAGGUGUUGAGUGAAAAGUUUGAGUGAAUGAAUUCGAAUCAUUCGUUCAGUUAAGUAAGUUGGUUAAGAAUUUAAAGUUUUGCUGUGUU